AUGUCUUUCUUAUCACUCCUCACAUUCACACUAUGCUCUCUUCUCCUCACCUUCACUCCCUCCCAAGCAGCCAACUUUGAGAUAGUCAACAAUUGCCCUUACACCGUUUGGGCAGCUUCUAGCCCCGGCGGUGGUCGCCGUCUCGACCGCGGUCAAACAUGGAAUCUCUGGGUUAAUCCUGGAACCGCCAUGGCUCGUAUUUGGGGUCGCACCGGCUGCAACUUUGAUGGCAGCGGUCGUGGCCGCUGUCAGACAGGUGACUGCACCGGUGGACUCCAGUGCACUGGUUGGGGUGUCCCACCGAACACAUUGGCCGAAUUCGCGUUAAACCAAUUCGGAAAUCAAGAUUUCUAUGACAUCUCACUCGUCGACGGAUUCAACAUUCCAAUGGAUUUCUUCCCUCUUAACGGCGGAUGUCAUAAAAUCAGCUGCACCGCCGAUAUCAACGGACAAUGCCCUAAUGAGCUGAGGACACAAGGUGGUUGUAACAACCCUUGUACUGUUUAUAAAACCAAUGAAUAUUGUUGUACUAAUGGACAAGGAACAUGUGGACCCACUAAUUUCUCAAGGUUUUUUAAGGAUAGAUGUCAUGAUUCUUAUAGUUACCCUCAAGAUGAUCCAACGAGUACUUUCACUUGUCCAGCUGGAUCUAACUAUAAAGUUGUUUUCUGUCCUCUUGGAGCUCCUCAUAUUGAGAUGCCACUAAAUCAUACUAGUGUGUAUUGA